CUAACAUCCAUCAUUUUGAGAUAGGUUUAUUCUUUAAUAUUACACUCCUAUACCUAGAUUUACAAAGAAACCAUUCUCUUCCAUUUUUCUUUCUAGCCGCCUCACCUACCCCUACUUCAAUUCUGUCCCCUUCUUCUUCCUUUGGUCUUUUCUUGGUUUCCACCGCCGCUCUCCAUCGAGCAACACCUCUUCCUUUGUCUUUCAUUUUUCAUCGCCCAAUGACCAUUUGUUUCUUUUCUUCUUAGCCGAGACUCAAAAUCUCCGGUGCCAAUUGUUAAAUUUUAACUUAUUUUCUAGAUUUUUUUUCUUUUCUUUUAUAAUACCCUUAAAAUUUUAUUUUUUUUGAAGAGAUUCUGCAGUUUGGCUUUUGAAACUUUCGGUACGGUAGUGAGAAAAUAAAGUGCAGAAAAAAAAAAAAAGAACAUGAUAAAAGUUGAAGAAGAUAUGUUAAAGUAAGGUUGGUGACGAGCAAACCUUCUACCAGUCGAAAUCAAUAAGUUUCUCGAAACAACCCAGAAUUAUCCGAAACAUCCAAAAUCAACCGUAAUUGUCCGAUAUUAUUAUUGGUACAAAAAGUUUCUUAAAUUUGCAGCGUUUCGACUGAUACAUCAAAAACGAAAUUUAUAAUUAGUUAAAAAGCAAACUGCAACAUUGAUAGAUUAGCUUUUCAUUAGGUAUAAGUUUAGGGUGUGGGGAGAUUUUUUAUUUCAUGAUUAAAAUAAAUUGUAAAUUUUUGAAAAAAUUUAUAUUAAAUUUACAUAUCGUCCAUUAAAAAACUAUAAAUCUCUUACUAAAAGGAAUCGCUAAUAGAGACACUCAAACCUAUACCUUAAAAUCGAAAUAUUCUAAUUUUACCAACUAAUCCUAUCUAUGUUGGCCUUUUGCUUUGGCUUGUCUCUAGGCUUUUUUUUUCUUUUUUUUUCUAAGCGAAGAAGUUUGAUCAUUGAUUAUUAACCAAGGUUGUUUUAAGGAAGUUACAGUGAUACUGGUUAAAGACUUAAACAAGUUCAUCUUUUGUUUUCGCAUGUUAAUGUUUUUCUUUGGAGUUUAUCUUAUAGGUUUCCAAAGUUCCCGAGGAAAAAGUAUUGACUUUUGAUACGGUGAGUCAAUGCUUGAGGUAUUCCCUGCAAACACUAUAAAUUUCAUCGUUUUCUUGAGAUUGAAGCAAAUUUAUCUAUUGUUCAGAAAAGAUCCUUGGUCCCGUCACUAAAAUGUCUAAAUUAGCCCGGACAUUCUCCCAUAUUCACUUUAAGCUCCUCCUCCUUGCUCUAAGCCUUAGCCAAGUAAACUCCCAAUCACAUGCUGACCAAGAACAAGCCGUCUUACUUAAACUAAAAACAUACUGGCAGAACCCGCCGUCCAUCAGCCAUUUGGCACAAUCAUUAAACUCUUCCUCCCAUUGUAGCUGGCCUGAAAUUACCUGCCUCAACAACUCUGUUGUCGAGUUAUCUCUCAAAAACAAGACCAUCAACAAAACAAUCCCAUCAUUCAUUUGUGACCUCCAGAACCUUAAAGUCAUUGAUCUUAAUUACAACAACAUCCCAGGUGAAUUUCCAAAAACACUUUAUAAUUGUUCCAAACUUGAGUACCUGGACCUCUCUCAAAACUAUUUUGUUGGCACUAUCCCUGAUGACAUUGUCAGCCUAGGUCAGCUCCAGUACUUGAACCUUAUGGCUAAUAAUUUUUCUGGUCACAUUCCAGCAUCCAUUGGAAGGUUACAAGAGCUAAAGAGUCUUCUGCUUUGUGUAAACCAGUUCAAUGGUUCUUUCCCCACAGAAAUUGGCAACUUGUCUAAACUUGACUUUUUGGGAUUGGCAUAUAAUAGGAAAUUCCAGCCAGCCAAGUUGCCUUCCAGUUUCAAGCAACUGAAGAAGCUGAGGACAUUAUGGAUGAGUGAAGCAAAUUUAAUUGGUGAAAUCCCCGACAUGGUUGGAGAUAUGACAGCUCUCGAGGUAUUGGAUUUAUCUAGCAAUGAACUAAGGGGAAAAAUCCCAACUUCUUUAUUCUUGUUAAGGAAUUUGAAGGAGAUCUAUCUUUUCAGCAACAACUUAUCCGGAGAGAUUCCUCAAGUAAUUGAAGCUUCCAACCUGACAGCAAUGGAUCUUUCUGGAAACAACCUGAAUGGAAGAAUCCCAAGUGAUGUUGGGAAACUAGAAGGGUUAUCGGGUUUAGUUCUGUUUUUCAAUCAACUGUCAGGUGAAAUUCCAGAAAGCAUUGGACGAAUCUCAACACUAACAGAUGUUAGAUUGUUCGGCAACAACUUGUCAGGCACUCUGCCUCCAGAUUUUGGUCGAUAUUCAAUGCUCGAGAGGUUCGAGGUUUCUUCUAACAAGCUUACAGGGAAGUUGCCUGAACAUUUAUGCUAUGGAGGUAAGUUGCUAGGAGUUGUUGCUUUUGAUAACAAUCUCACAGGCGAAUUGCCAAAAUCACUUGGUAAUUGUGGCAGCUUAACAAUUGUCGAUAUCAGCGGUAAUGGUCUUAAAGGGAGCAUUCCUAGUGGUCUAUGGAUAUCGUUGAACUUACAAAUGUUGAUGAUAAGUGAUAACAAUUUUACAGGUGAGCUUCCCAAAAAAGUCUCACAAUCUCUUUCUCGACUUGAGAUCAGUAGCAACAAGUUUUUUGGACAAAUUCCCGAUGAGGUGAACUCAUGGAAGAGCCUAGUUGUAUUCAAGGCUAGUAAUAACCUCCUUAACGGUACAAUUCCUACAGCAUUGACAGCUCUUCCCUUUCUUACUACUCUUUUGCUUGAUCAAAACCAACUACAUGGCUUCCUUCCGUCAGCUAUAAUCUCAUGGAGGUCGCUUAAUUCUCUAAAUCUUAGUCAAAAUAAACUUUCUGGACCAAUUCCAGAGGAGAUUGGUUUCCUACCAAGCCUUCUUGAAUUAGAUUUGUCGAGAAACCAAAUUUCUGGCCUAAUUCCUCCUAACCUUGGCCUUCUGAGGCUCACUUUGCUCAACCUUUCUUCAAAUCUUCUCAUUGGCAGUAUCCCAAAGCAGUUUGAAAAUACUGCAUAUUCCAAUAGUUUCCUUAACAAUCCUGGUCUCUGUGCUAGUUCUCCACACAUAAACCUUGAAAACUGUCGUUCACCUAAAAAAUCUAGCAUACAUUCUCCACAAAAUACUGCCAGGAUUUCAGGUUCUGCGAUAGGAUUAUUUGUCUUGAUUUUGGCUUUUUCAUUUUUCAUGAUUAAGCUUUGUCCGAAGAGAAAGCAACCGAGGCAUGGAUCGGAGCCAAAAUGGGAGUACACCCGUUUCGAAGAUAUAACGUUUACAGAAGCACAAAUUUUGCCAGAAUUGAUAGAAGAAAACAAGAUUGGAAGUGGAGGAUCAGGAAAUGUAUACCGUGUUGAUUUAAUUUGUUCGGACAGCGUUGUUGCUGCUAAAGUCAUUUCGAAUAAUAAAAAGCUGGAGCACACACUUGAAACACAAUUUCGGGCUGAAGUUGGGAUAUUGGGUAGAAUUAGACAUUUGAACGUAGUAAAGUUGAUAUGUUGUCUUUCAAGUGAGACUAAAAAUGUUUUGGUUUAUGAAUAUGUGGAAAAUCGUAGCCUAGACCUUUGGCUCCAUAAGCAUCAAGCAGCAACUGUUUCUAGUUCAACAAAAAAUGUUAUCCUAGAUUGGCCUAGGAGGUUGCAUGUUGCAAUUGGGGCUGCCCAGGGACUCUGCUACAUGCAUCAUGACUGCUCACCACCCAUUAUUCACCGAGAUGUGAAAUCCAGCAACAUUUUAUUAGAUUCUGAGUUCAAUGCUAAAAUUGCUGAUUUUGGUCUUGCUAAGCUAUCAAGCAAGCAAGGAGAAGAAACUAUAACAGUUUCUGCUGUUGCUGGCUCCUGUGGCUACAUAGCUCCCGAAUACGCUCGGACAACAAGAAUAAAUGAGAAGAUUGAUGUUUAUAGCUUUGGAGUAGUUCUUUUGGAGCUAACGACAGGAAGAGAAGCUAACCAUGGAGAUGAGAACAGAUCGCUUGCAGAGUGGGCUCAGCAUUACUUUCAGGAUGACAACUCAAUAGUGGACGCAUUAGAUGAGGAGAUCAAGGAAGAUUGUUACUUGGAUCAAAUGUACAAUGUCUUUAAAGUUGGAAUCCAAUGUACCACAACAUUACCUUCAAGAAGACCUUGCAUGAGGAAAGUUCUGCAAAUGCUAGUCCAAAGCAGGCAUUCUUGUAAUUAUGAGUACAAGAAUGCUGAAAAUGACUCAGAUUCCAGAAUUUGAAAAUGAUGUUGAUUUGGUGUGGCAUGAAUCCAAGGUCUUCAUGAGAAGAAAAAGUUUCUCGUAGGUCACCCUCAUUGCAUUGUUGUGACCAGCUGAGCACACUUGGACUACAGAGUUCCAGUGGAAUGAAAGCAAACAAUGGAGAUGAGAAUAUGAAAAGGGCUUGGCCAUUACGUUAGAGAAGGACUGGGGAAUGGUCUGAUGAAUUUCGUUGGGCAAAACUGAAGCUGAAAGGCAAAUCUCCAAGACUUUUCUUGAUAGGAAUGAUGGGAAGAGGUGAGAAUGAACAACUUGUUAAACUAAUAGUUAAAAUUCAUAACAACUUUCCUACUUUGUAGCUUAAACAUUUGAUAAAAUUUUUCAUUUUUAUCUCUUUCCAUCCUUCCAAUUAAGCAAAGCCUAAAUGAGUUUAUACUCAGGAUAGCAUGGAGCACAUUUAUAUAAUUCAUCGAAAGCUGCAGCUGUCACGAAUUUAAGGAAGUGUCCUGAAUCCCACAUCGAACAUAAUAAGAGAUAUAUAAAGACUGAUUUGAAACGCCGGAUGAGUGGAUGCGGGGAUCUCGAACCGCACGAGUUCGAAGCUUAAAUCUCGGCCCGUGACAAGUGGUAUCAGAGCCAACCCUAUACCCGUUCGAUUCACGCCAAGCACCUUGAGGGAGGUAGGUAGGAUGGUCAGCUUCCGUGACAAGGACGAGAUUGGGUGAGGAAGAAUGUCAUGGACCUAAAGAAGAGUCCUGAAUCCUACAUCGAACAUAAUAGGAGGGUCACUAGAGUAUAUAAAGGUUCACACCAUCUCUUCCUAUCUCUUCCUUGUGAGAGACCUUUUGUAGGGGUUCACAC